GCACAAGCCAUUGCCCAUCCCUUCGACAAAUUUGCAACACGAAAAGAAAUAUGCGCAAUCAUGAAUUGACGCUCUCGGCCUCGUAAAAAUGAAGUCCUGUAAAACAAAAUAAACGGAAGGAAUGAAGUAUAGGUUAGAAAUUCCUUACAGUACUGUAUUUCAGGACAGAGGAAAUUGAAUAGAUCUUCAAGGGUGGAAGGCUUAUGAAAAAGUGGCAAGCUGGAGAUUAUACAGUAGCCCAGAACUACCUACGUAUAGCUCCAUUUCGGGGAGUAUGUUUGUACCUUCGGAGCAGUCAGACUUGUCGGAGCAAGGUGCGAUCUGGCAGCAGCACUUCUUCAGCUUCUCGCCAAAGCGAACCUUUUUGAAAUCGCAGCUGUGGUCCUUCUUCGCAGAACCGCUGCAGCCCAGCUCUGCGAUAACAGAACAGUGAGACUUCUUGUCGACAAUGAUGCGAUCGCCAUUCUUGGCACCAACGUGUUCCAGCUCAGGAUUGUAAAGACCGGCCUUGCUUUCACCGGGGCAGCCACUUGUUCCCGUUGUGCCACUGAAGUCAUGGCCUGGCCCUUCAGUACCACAGCAGCCAUCUUUUUUCAGGACAGAAUAACCUGUCGUCUUCUCAGAACCACAACAUUCAUCCUUCUUCGAGGUAGCUGUACCAUCAUCGUCUCCACAGCGUUCUUUCCUCGCGCAAACAAUACCAUCUGCUUUCUUGCUCAAAGCCGACAAUGAACUCGUCUUCCUGGCAUCAGCUGUCGUCUCCCGAGUUGAUGCGGGCCGCGCCACCUCACAACACGGCUCGAGUUUGCGCGCAAUAAGCUCUUUGCAGAUACGGCCCACGUUGAUGAGGGUGGCGAGGUAACGUUCACGGACGCUAUUGGAACGAGUGCUGCAAGCUUCACGUUUGCGCUUGCGAAUUUGGGUGGGAAGGAGAGGGGACUCGGGGGCACCGGAGGUUGUCGAUUCUGAACCAGUUAGUAAACUGGGCUAUCGAAAGAAGCUUCAUCAACUUUUAUCACUGGAGCAGCUUGAUGAUUCGUUUCGACCGCAUUUUAAGUCGCAUUCACGACGUGCUACAACCACGAGGCAGCUUUCUGUCACAAUGAAUCAGCCAACAGUAAUGAUUGUCCUCGAAAGUGACAGACAUACCAUCGCAACAAGGGCCGUCUUUCACGCUGUUCUUGCAAGUAGCGUCACCGGCACGGCAGGCGAAGCACAGGGCGAGAGAUGGUCUAGACGAAGCCAUAAGGUCGAUAUCACUACUGCGCAGUAGAUCUCCGAGAUAUAAAGGAUAGUUGGAUGUAGGAGGGCAAAGUCGGAGGGGGAGAACGAUUGUGAAUCAAAUCAGUUCUCUUAUCACAAGUAACAAUGGGCGCGCCGCCAAGGCUGCCAAGGUUCAUGCGUACGUCACGUUGUUGUCCAAUCUUGGGACACUUCAGAACUGAUUGAGUCUUUGCUACACUUCUCCUUCUCUCCAUCGAAACGACCCCCCAUAAUCUACAGUCAGAAAAUACAUAGCCAUCAACAUUCAACCUGCCCAUCAUGUCUAAUCUCCUGAAGAAAUUCACCGAUCAACUCUCUGGCCCAAACAACCAACAAAACUCCUCAUCUUCAGGAGGCAUAUUGCACAAAGUCACAGAUGCCGUGACUGGCCAGAAACAUCCUCAAGACUACCAGAACCGACCGAAUCCACAAACCUCAGGGUUUGGCUAUGGCGCAGGACCAGGGUCUGGUGGCUAUCAAAACUCUGGAUAUCCAGGUGAGCAGGGCGGAUAUCCGGGUCAAUAUAGCAACCACGGAGGACAGCAAGACUAUCUAGGUCAGCAACGAUACCCCGAAGGCCAGGGCAAUCAUGGAGCACAACAAGCGCACGGAGGCUAUGGGGCUGAUCCAGGUCAUGGAGGCUAUGGAGGUGAACAAGGACACGGCGGCUACGUGGCACAACAGGGCCGUGGUGGCUAUGGGGCUGAACAAGGACGCGGCGGCUACGUGGCACAACAGGGCCGCGGCGGCUAUGGAGGCGCUCAAGGUCAUGAUGGCUAUAGAGCUGAACAAGGACAUGGCGGCCGUGGCGGCUAUGGAGACCAGGAGGGGCAUGGCGGAUAUGGAGGCGAUCGUGGUGCACAUAGUGGUGGACAGGGCCGACACUAG